GAGGGAGAGAGAGAGAGGGAGAGAAAGAGAGAGAGGGCAGGGGGACCAUCGGGAGCAAGAAUGCUGUGAGGAGCGCCGUUCACGACAGGACAAAACUGGACCUUUAAUCGUUAUUUAUUCUUUCGUACGUGUACCCUGACUGGCUCUGGUUGGAGCGGACGUUACAGAAGCAAGUGGACAGAGCCAGCACCAUGGUCGUGUCCAGGGGAACGGUGUCCAUAGCCUUCCGGUUGCUCGCGCUCCUUUUUUGUGCCUUCUUCUCCCAUGGGCAGGAUGAAUACUCGGGCUUUCACUCAGGUGACGAACACACGUACGAGGGCUCCCUGGUUGACAACUAUGACCCGUCUGGCUACCCUCACCCAGCAGUGGAGUACCCACCAGAGCCCACCCACAGCUAUGAGGAGCAGCAGCCCUCGGAGUACGACCCUUACGCUCCUGCCCCCACUGGGGUCACCAUGAUCACUGAGGAGUCCUACCCCUACGCCACCACCACUGAGUCCCACUACGCCAAGAAGGACGUCACCAUAACCUCAAAGGUGCCAUACGAUUCAGAGGAGUAUGACUCGGGUGAAGACGCUGCUCUGGGGCAGGAGGGUCCUACAGAGUGUGACUGUGAGCCCGGGGAGCCUGGCUUCGCUGGCUUUGCAGGGCCCAAGGGAGAAAGAGGUCUGCAAGGAAAACAGGGUUUCCCAGGGGUUCAAGGAAGGGAGGGUUACAAAGGAUUCAAAGGGGUUAGAGGACGUGGAGGAGACACUGGCCCUGUGGGAGAUUCAGGGCUUGAUGGGGAGGAGGGUGCCUCUGGUUAUUCGGGAGCCAUGGGUGUCCCUGGGGUGCCAGGGGAUCCAGGUGUUGAUGGCGUUCCUGGGCUGAAGGGGGACAUUGGUAUGGAAGGACCCCGGGGGGGGGUUGGGGCCUCAGGGGAGACUGGCCCAGUGGGAAAGGCAGGGCCUACUGGUCCUGGUGGAACUACAGGAAUCAAGGGGUCACUUGGUGUGACCGGGAAACAGGGGCCUGAGGGACGAGAAGGAGACAAGGGUCAGGGUGGGGCUCCUGGUUUCUCCGGAGACCACGGCGAGCGAGGCUACAAUGGUUAUCCUGGAGAGACAGGUGGCAGAGGGGAUUCUGGUCCUAAGGGGACCCAAGGCUCAAAUGGUAUCCCAGGUAGUGAUGGGGAUCCUGGAGAGGAUGGACCUCUUGGAGUUCCUGGUGUGAUUGGUGUCCCUGGAGAAUUUGGUGCCAAGGGCGACAGAGGUGCGCGCGGUGUACGGGGACCUCCAGGGAGGUUUGGAGCCGGGGGACUCCAAGGAGAGAGUGGAGAUGCAGGGGUACCAGGACAACCAGGGCCAAAAGGCCUGCGUGCCCAGCCAGGAGCCAAAGGUGAGACAGGACCAGAUGGUGAGAAGGGUGGAUCUGGAAGGACUGGAGUGAAGGGGGUAAAAGGUGGAAAGGGAAGUUUUGGCGCACGUGGUGACAAAGGACAGCAAGGAGAGAGGGGCACCCGUGGACGUGAUGGUCUUGCUGGACGUGUCGGACCACCGGGUAUCCCAGGAUCGAGAGGACAGUCAGGCCCAGGGGGUGAUCUGGGGGUCAAAGGUCGUGCAGGACCCAAAGGAGUUCCAGGUGCCGCUGGCCCUGGUCUGACAGACGAGCAGGUGUUGCAACUGUGCAGAGGUGUGGUCACUGCCCAGAUCUCCCAGUAUGCAGUCUCCAUCAGGGCCAAGUGUUCCCAAGGCUGCCCCAUCAACAACCGCACACUCAUAGGACCACCUGGAGCCCCAGGACCCACCGGAGGGUCAGGCAAGCCUGGCAAAGCAGGCAAAGCUGGGGCCAAGGGAGGCCGAGGCAUCAUCGGAGACACCGGAGCAGAGGGGCAGAAGGGGGCACAAGGAGAGAGAGGUCUGAAAGGCAACAAAGGAGCGAGAGGGGAUGCUGGAAAAGGUCUGCCAGGACAUGAUGGACACCAAGGCCUCAGGGGUUUACCUGGCCACCCAGCGGAGCCUAAGAAUGGCAUGGAGGGUCCUCAUGGCCCCCGUGGGUUCCCUGGCCCAGUGGGCCAGCCUGGCAUGGCAGGCAUCGCCGGAGUCCCUGGCAUAUGUGAGGCACGCGACUGCAGCAUUCACGCGCCAGUGGUGCGCAAGGAGCAGGGCCUGGUAAAGGGACCCCUCAGCCCUAUGAUCUAACCCCAGCCAAGGAGCUGUGGAAGAGGGCUGCUGUACGCCGGGGUGUCGUCCAGAAGGGUCGCUUCAUGGCAAAGUUUGGGUCAAGUCCAUAGAUACUCCAGUUCUCCCCGGGAAAUUGACUUUGAUUGCAUUGCAUCAAAUGGCAUUAGUCUGUAUUGGUCUUUUCGAUUUCCAUGUUCACUGGUAUUGAAAUGGAGUUGGUCCAAGCACAUGGGCCCAUGGAGCUUACGAGAUUUGAUGAAGUUUGGUGAGACAAGCUGGACUCUGUACAAAGAGAGGAAACCAACCACGAGGACAUGCCAUCUGAGCCACACAAGGCUCCCGUAAACUCAAAUGACUAACAUUUUACAUUAAUGCUUUUUGUUUUUCAAGCCCAAUUUUAUAUGUUAAAGGUGUAAAAAAAACGAUUUGGUUAUGGCAAAAAUGUUCAUCUCAAUCAUACUAUUUGUUCCGUUAUUAUAACUUUUAACUAUUGCUGUGGGUACAUAAAAAUAAAAUACGGAGAUGUAAAUAA